AUCAUCCUUAUAAGGUAUGCUCUCUGUUUAUACAUUAUAGGAAGUCGACUUGGUUUUAAAGUGUGACAGUUCAAAAGGGAAGUUGGUUUGUAAAACUUGAAUGAAUUUUAUUAUUUUCACUUCAAACCAUCCAAAGGGUUUAACAGUCGCUCUUUUCUGACGCGGGCUAUUUUGGUAAGAAAACAUCAUUUGCUUUGAUUCUUGUCUAUCUCAGAGUCGUUGUCUGUUACUGAACUCGGGACAUUGUGUCUGUGCAGAGCAGGAUGAAUGCUUUGUAAAAGUUGCGGCAUUAUUGUGUUUGCAAAUCCAGGUGAAGAGUUUCAUGGCAGUCCAGUCUGUGAGACUUGUGACAGCCAACAUGUUGCUGAGUGUCUUCUUUCUGUCUGGUGCUUACGCUGCUUGUGAUCGUGUGGCACACCUUUCAAUUACAACACCUCAGAAGAUGGAAGCACUGAGUGGAUCCUGUCUGCAUAUCCCAUGUACCUUCACUCCUGACGAAAGCUCAGGGACAUUUGACGGAACAAAACCAAUCUCUGGAAUGUGGAAAAAAGGAAAUGUCGCUGCAGGUCAAGUGAUUUUCGACAGCAGCAGGAGUGAUAAUAUCUAUCCAAUGAAUAUCACUGGAGACCUGAGUCAGAACAACUGCACCACUUUAUUUUCCAGUUUAAUCUCAAAUUACACAAACACAUACUUCUUCAGAAUUGAGAAUAAGCCAUUUCUGGCAACAGCUGAUUGUGAUCCUCUUCAAAUAAAAGUUAAAGAUUCUCCUCCGAGCCCCACAAUUGAGAUCUCAGGUGAUGUGAAGGAGAACGUGUCUGUCACUAUAAGCUGCUCCGCUGCAACUCCCUGUCCACACGACCCUCCUCAACUCACCUGGACUCUCCAACAAAACCCCGACAACAUAAUAAAGGAAAACGCAGAUCGGACCUUCACAACUAAAAUCCAGAAGACCUUCAUUCUGUCAGACCAACAUGAUGGAUUGAACAUCACCUGCUCUGCCAGUUAUCCUGUGAAUGAAGGGACAGAUCACAAGACAGCAGAGGAGACAAAGACUCUCAAUGUUUCAUAUGCUCCCAAGAACACCUCAACGUCCAUCAGUCCAUCCUCAGGUUGGGCAACAGACAGCAGGGUGAACCUGAGCUGCUCCAGCACAGCCAACCCUCCCGUCAGCAGCUUCACCUGGUUCAAGAAGAGCAACGAUGGAGCCGUCAGAGUGUCUGAAGGAAGAUGUUACAGCUUCAAUGUGACAGGUGGAGGGGUUUAUUACUGUGUGGCCACAAAUGGUCUCGGUAAUCAAACCUCUUCAGACAUCCAGCUCACUGUAGAAGACCCUGCCAAAGACUUCAUGGUCGUCAGUCCUGCUGAUCCAGUGUCAGUUGGCAGCGAGGUGAACCUGACUUGCUCCUUCAGAGGAAACCCUCCUGUUAGCUUUGUCUGGCUCAUGGUGAGCAGUGAUGGCAGCCUGCAGCAGAUCAAAGGUGAGCAUCAGUCUGGACCGGUUGAUGUUGAAGUUAUAGUGAAGAUCCUGGGAAUCAUAAUGCUCGUCAGUACAAUGAUCAUCUUUGAAUGCUGGUUUAGAUCAAGACAUGCCACCAAACCAGUGAAGGACGCAGUAGAAGCAGACUAUGUCAACAGUGUGGUUGAGUUAAAACCAUCCUGAGUCACAAGGAGAGGAGGAAGAUGUUAUGUUCACUAUAAGGUGAACAAAAUACUGUAUUCUGUAUUGAUUAGUCUUAGUGUGCCACUUGCAAUCAAAUGUAGCUUUGCUGUUAAUAUUAAAUGGCACUACUUUCUUUAAAUAUGACUUUAAACUUGUGUUAAAAAUAUUUGAAGGUUUUUUUUUCUUAUCUGUUUCUAUUCAAAUCAUAUCACCAAAGUAAAAACAUAUUAAAUAAUGUAUCUCAUGUUGAACUGGUUUUUAAUUGUGUUAAGAUGUUAAGAUGCUUCGACCACGUGUUUGAUUUGCAUUGCUUCUCUGCUGUUUGCAUCAGAUGCAUGUGAAGUGUGUUGAAUUAAACACAAACGAGGUGUAAUGUUUGAACUUUCUGAUUUUCUGCAAAGAAGCUUUUCAUGGAGCAGAACGUGUUUAUGAAGAAAGCAUUUCAUCACUUCUUCUAUCAUUCUGCACGUAUACAAACAGACUCACGAUAUCUGUGUUACUGUGGAGAUGACUGCAGAUACAACAUUGCACUAACUGUAUGUGUGAAUGAAAUAAAGUUAAUACUUUCA